GCCUUUUUAUUGUCAUUCAGUCGUUAUUUAUUAUGACUUUUUUUGUGAUGUUUAUUAUGUGAAAAAUAAUUAUAAAUACAUAUGUUACACCAUUGAAUUACACUGAAAAACAGUAUGAAAUACAAAGACAUUGAAAAAAAGUGUAUAUAAAAGUGCAUAGCUGGGAUACAAGAUAACCUUGUCGCCAACAGCCUUGGUAAUAUUGCUGCGUCGUUUGCAGAAUCCUCGCUGCCACAUGAAUCUGGACAACUUGGAUAAGGCGCUGCACGAUUUGGGCAUGCUGAGCGCUAUAACGGAGGCCCGGCGGGACUAUUUACACGAGUCCAAAUCUAAUUACGGUAUGAUGCGACUGAACACGCGCUACGUCUCUAACGUCACCGUGGGGUAUUGUAUGAAGCGAGUUACCAACAAAAACAGACUGUGUCCUUACGUGUUGCCGAUGCGGCAUAGGACGAAGAGCGAAAACUCUGACGCGAUCGCCACCGACAUGGCGGACAGCGGGCGCGAUUACUUAAACACCCUUCUGGAGCCUUCUACGAGUGGAUGCAGCAACAACGACAGUGUAAAGUGCCCCGCGAAGCGCUGCCAGUCCCUCGAAAACCUGAACAUCUCUGUGGAACCUCAGCCUAGUCCAGAUACCCCGGAACUGGACGGAGUGUCAACACGCAUUCAGAAGCUCCAAGUUGAUGAAUGACGAACCUCACCGCCACAUUGUCAUGUGACACUUAAUUAGAACAUAAAAUAAGUUGGAACGACCGUGGGUAGCAAAUAGUAUUUACGAGUAGUAUGAAGUGAUGCAAGUAAUUAAUGUUAAAUUGUGUUUUCAGUGUACUUGUAUGAUAGCAUGGAUGAGUAGUGGGUGUUGUUAAUGUUCCUAGUAAUUUCUUGGUGUAAUUGGUUAAUUUUGCAUGGUAUUACCUCAGUGAAUUUAUUAUUGUCAAGGAAGUCUGUUUGAGUCCUCUCUCUUAAGCAUUUAAAUAUAUUUGCUCAAAAAAUUGGAAUGGGUACAAAUUAUAGGGAUAUGAAAUGUAAAUUAUUUUGUAUCCACUUUUAGGUAAUUGUUUGAUAAAAGUUAUUGAGUUUGUUGACUUUGGGAGUUUGUGAUGUGUCCUAACAGUUUAUGGUUACCUUUAAUAAGUACCACCUAUGAGAGUUGUUAAGAACAAAUAUUUUGUGUUCUUUCUAAGUCACAGAUGCACUUCCUACUACCAUGCACUUGCAGCUUGUAUUAUAUAAAGGGGUUUGGUGUUGUUAGAUCUAGAGAUAUAUUAGAAAUAUUAUUUUUUGGCUUAUACUAUAAACAAAGUAGCAUUAUCUAAAUCAGUGUUUUUCAAACUUUUUCAUGACGCGACCCCCUUAGUACGAACAAAAUGUUUCGCUUAUGUAUUGUUUAAAGGCUGGCAGAGGCUUCGUGACCCCCCAGGGAGUCGCAACCCACAGUUUGAAAAACACAUCUAAAUAAUCUGAUUUUACCAAUAAGGCCCACUUGCACCAUCUCAGUAACCCGGGGUUAAGUGGUUAAACCGUUAACCCAGUGUCAAAUUGUACUGGUAAUCAUGGUAACUCCAGGUUUAACCGGUUAAACCCAGGUUAGUGAAAUGGUGCAAGUGGGCCUAAGUAACCAAAUGUUGAUCACAGUUAGUCAAACAUUGUCUAUGAAUUUUACUUUUUUUUGUGAACCUACAUUGCAUUCUUUGAGUUUGCAGUGUUAUUAUUUCUUAACUGUCCUUAUGUCAUAAUUCAGUCUUUUGUUAAUAAACAAAAGCAUUGUGAUAAUGACUACGGGGCAACAGAAAAGUACAAAUUUAGUACAUUUUUCACUUUUCAUCACAUAAAGAAAGCCUAACUAUCUAUGCUUAUGUUAAGAAGCUCUAAAAUUUGAUAUAAUAUUACAGAGUGAAAGAGAAUGUGUCAAAUUUACGACAUUUGCCUGUAUGAAGGUUUAAUGUGGCCUUUCCACUUGAGCAGAGAUGAGUAAGAAAUGUCCAGGAAUGAACCAGCAUUUUAGGAUUUUAAUCCAGCAGAGGUCUCCCGCAUAUGUCUCCUCUCAUCUCUGCCUCAGUGGAAAGGCAGCCUAACAUCUGUAUAGUCAUAAUUCUCGCAAUCUGUCUUUUAAUGUGAUAAAUAAAGAACAUGAUAUCCAAAUUAUUUUAACAAAGCAUAGUUUUAUUAUAAGACUGUGUAGAUCUCAUUUUGUUACACAAUCUUUUAAAAAAUAUUAGCUAAGGCAUAACCUUGUGUGAAUAUUUUCUAUACAUAGAUAUAAUAUAACCCACAUUGCUUUUGUGACUUAGAGAUACUUUGUUAACAAAUUUUGUUAUUUUUUUUCUUAUUUAAUAUUUGAAUAAAUAUUGCUUUAAAUAAUU